CCUGUAUCUCUUUACCUGAAAUUAGAACCCCUACUUAUUUCCUUUCUUACCAUACGCGACGCCAUGGGCAUCAGCAGCCAGCGCAACAAUGGCACCAGGGAGAACUGGAGAUGUGCUCUCAUCUGCCUGGGCAUGGCCUUCGCGGCCGCCCAGUACGGCUUCUACGUGUCUGCCGUCGGAAUAUUCCAGGCCAUGCCCGGCUUCUUGAUGACCUUUGGAUACCGCGAUCCAGCUCUGAGAGGUUUCUGGGGCAUCUCCACGACCGACCAGCAGCUGAUCGCAUCGUUUCUCAACGGGAUAUGGAUGGGCGCCGUGGUAGCUUUCGCCGCGUGUGCUGCUCAGAUAGCAGCGACCUCGGCUGCCGUAUUGUGUGUGGGGAGGGCGUUGAUGGGAGCUUCGAACGCGUUCUUCAUCACCUUCUCGAACGCGUACAUCGUAGAAUGCGCGCCCCCACGGCUACGCGCGGUCUGCUCCGCCAUGUUCUCCGCCACGAUCAACAUCGGAACUAUCCUCGGGGCUGUCGUCGACGAAAGGACAUCUCACAUCAUGGGGAAACUUUCUUACCAGAUACCCCUCGCGUGUCUGUUCAUAUUCCCCGCCCUGCUGAGCGUUUUUCAGGCUGAGAGGUCUCUCAUUUACCUCCGCGGCAACUCUCUCGAACCGGAGUUCCUCCAAGAGGAGUUCGUAGAGAUCAUCCGAGGGGUGGAGGAAGAGAAGUCGAAUGCUACCGGAUCUCGCACGGUCGAUAUAUUCCAGGGCGCCAACCUACGUCGUACGAUGUUGUGCGUAGCCGUCGCGGUUUCACGCGCUUCAUCGGGUGUGUGGGUAUUUUUGUCUUACGGUACCUACUUCUACCAACAAGCCGGGAUCUAUGACAUCUUUAGAGUCAGCGUCUACUCCAUGGUGGUUCAGCUUGUCGGCGUUACAACCGGCUUGUACUGCGCAUACAGAGUCUGGGGCCGUCGUACCAUGCUUCUCAUAGGGACCGGCUCGGCGGUGAUUGCUAUGGUCGGGCCAGCCAUCGCAGCUACGAUAGCUCCUGGCACAGCGGAGGCGGCAAAGACAUUCCUCGCCUUGAACUUCUUCUAUGUUAUUACAUACAGCGGUUUCGCAGGCUCCAUGACGUGGCCUGUAUCGGCUGAGGUUGUAAACUCAAGAUUGCGGGUGGUCACAUUGUCCUUCGCCACCGGCGUAGAUUAUGUAUUUGCUUUAUUCUUCUGGCUAUUCUUGCCGGAUAUGAAAGGUAGGUCUCUAGAAGAGAUUGACGAAUUAUUUUGA